AUGAGUUUGGGCUGCCGCAGCAGCUGCUUUACGUUUCUGUAUGUGGUGCUUCUGCAGUGCGAGCAAGCAUAUCCACUGAUACCGCAUCUGGCACUUGAACGUUCGCAGAAGCCGGUUUUCGGCAACUCCAGUGCGGUGUCUGCGGCAUGGCAGGCUCAGAUCAUCGGAGCAAAGCGCCGGGCCCUGAAGGCUGGCAGCCGCCCCUGGCGGCCGCACUCACCACUGGCAGUGCCGACCGGCUUCGGUGCGGCAGAGGAGGCGGAGUUGCCCAGAACCGGCACUGCCCUCGUCAUCUACCCCGCACAUGAUUCAAGCGUGGCUGUCAGCGUUGAUGGACGCAUCCAGUGCGUGCUAGAGCUGGAGAGGCUGUUUGCUCGACGGUAUUUCUGGCCAACCCUCGAGGAAGAACGGAAGGUGUGGAGAAUGGCCUUACACUUUGUGCGAGACCGGUGUUUCUGCGAUCCACAGCCAUGUCCGACGAGCUUUGACUACGGCGCUGUAGUCCUCUUUUCGGCAGAUCCCAGCACGGAUCGGGCGGAAUACUCUCAGCUGCCUCGCAUCGUUGAGGAUGUCUUCGAAGUUCGCCGGUGGCGGCUUGUUGACCAUCACGAAGCUCAUGCGCGAAUGAGUUUCCACGAUUCGCGUUUCAGUUCUGCAGUUGUCGUGAGCUUCGACGGCAGUGGGAAUGAUGGCACCUUCAAUGUUUACUUUGGGAAUGGUCGGCAGCUGUAUCGACUGGGACAGCUCGGCUUCCAGCUUGGAUUUCGAUACAUAACCCUGGCGGCAUUCUUGACCGAAAUUUCGCAGCACAACUUAGACGUUCGCUGCAAGAACUUCACUGAAACAGCCGAAGCAAAGUCCUUCGCGCCGCAAUGGCUGGUCAAUCUUCACGACUACAAGUUCACUCUGCUUGAUCAUGAAGGCUGGGCUGGAAAGAUGAUGGCCUACGCAGCCCUGGGCCCUCGCUCUGUGGAGAUGGACGAGCUGGUUCGAUGGUACUACCGGAACAGCUCUGCAGGUUCAGACUACGUCCCGGCCGAGCUCAUCCGUGGUGCCUGUGCUUCCCUGGAGGGCCAGCGGGCCAUUGCGGCUGCAGCACAGGCCGAGUUUGAGGAUUACGUCUUGGAUCUGGUGCGGGCCAUCAUACAAGAGGUAAGUGACCUGGGAAUUCCAGACCCGGAGGGGCUUGUACUGUCAGGCGGAUGUGCCCUCAACGUUCGGACGAAUCAGCGCAUCCUGGAUGAAGUGUUGGAAACUCGCGCACCAGACAAGCACAUGGGCUUGCACGUCACGGCCGCGCCCAAUGACUCGGGCCUGACAGUGGGCGGCAGCUGGGCCAUCGUUCCCCCUAACCAAUGGCAGCCGCUUCAGUACAUUGGCUUCCAUCUGUGGGACACGCCCUUCCUGCCUGACCACGUGAAGACCUGGGAUGCCAAGAACUUCUACAGCUUAGGUGGUGUGGAAUAUUUGGCAGAGUUGUUAUCUGGUGGGCCUGCUUGGCUGGCCGAACGAGGCCACCAAGCAGCCACACCCAUUAUCGGGAUUGUGCGAGAUCGUCAGGAGUUCGGGCCCAGGGCACUGGGCCACAGAUCUCUGCUAGCCGUGCCCAACUCCGUGGAAAUCCGAGAUCGCAUGAACAGGCUGAAAUUUCGGCAGUGGUUCCGGCCUGUGGCCCCGAUGAUCGCCGAGGAGGCCCUGGAAGAGGUCUUCGGCCGGCCAGUCAAGUCAACGUACAUGAGCAUGGCCCCGAAGGUCCGCCCCGAGGUGCUGGCAAAGUUUCCAGCCCUUUCGCAUUUGGAUGGCACUGCGCGGCACCAGUCCGUGAGCCGGGAGGAUGAGCCUUGGAUCCAUGCGCUGCUGCUGGCGGUUGGCCGGCGGACCGGUCUAGCGGCUCUCAUCAACACGAGCUUCAACACCAAAGGCAAACCCAUCAUCAACCGUGCAGAGGACUGUCUCAAGAUGCUCGAAGAGAUGCCUGAUCUCGAUUAUGUUCUGAUCGAGGAUUGGCUGUUCCGAGCACCCGCCGCAAAAAUGAAGCCAACCGCGAGCUCAUGA